GGGUUAGCCUUUAGCUCCGAAAAUGGUGGGUCGGAUCUUUUAACAAAAGCUUUCUCUCUCAUUUUUCUGUCUCUCUCUAAUCUCUAUCUUCUUCCUCUUUCUCGCAACGAUGGCAGCAGCAAUGGCGUCAUCGCACUCUUUCCUCACCACCCGAUUAUAUUCAUCAUCUCCUCCAACUCAAUCCAAACCGACCACCAGUACCACCGCCUGUUCCUCCGCCGCCACCUCAUUUCGCGCCUCAUCUGCCCCCACUCUCAAAGCUUCUCUUUCCAUGAAUUUUCUCUCUCCUUUCGUCGGCGGCAGCGUCUCUGCUGACUUCUCCGGCCAUAAACUCCGAAGGAAUCACUCUCUAACCUCAUCGAAUUCUCGCCCUAAGCGCGGCGUCGUCACCAUGGUCAUACCUUUCUCUAGAGGAAGUGCUUGGGAACAGCCGCCGCCAGAUUUGGCUUCCUACUUGUAUAAGAACCGAAUAGUUUACUUAGGCAUGUCUCUUGUGCCUUCUGUGACUGAGCUAAUACUUGCAGAGUUCCUUUAUCUUCAAUAUGAGGAUGAGGAGAAGCCAAUAUAUCUUUACAUCAAUUCUACAGGAACAACAAAGGGUGGUGAGAAGCUGGGUUAUGAAACAGAGGCAUUUGCUAUAUACGAUGUUAUGAGGUAUGUCAAGCCACCUAUUUUUACUCUCUGUGUUGGCAAUGCCUGGGGAGAGGCAGCCUUGCUUUUAGCUGCUGGUGCAAAGGGAAAUCGUGCUGCCCUGCCAUCCUCUACCAUUAUGAUGAAACAGCCAAUUGCAAGGUUCCAAGGUCAAGCAACUGAUGUUGAGCUAGCUAGGAAAGAAGUAACAAACGUGAAGACAGAAUUGGUUAAGCUGUUCUCAAGACAUAUUGGAAAAACUCCUGAAGAGAUUGAAGCUGACAUUCGACGUCCAAAAUAUUUCAGCCCGAGUGAAGCUGUUGAAUAUGGUAUCAUUGAUAAGGUUCUCUACAAUGAAAGAAGCACAGAGGACAAGGGAGUUAUUGCAGACCUGAAGAAAGCACAGUUUAUUUAGAUAAUAAAAGACCUUCAGUUGGUGGCCAUGACUAUGGUUCAGGAAACCCUUAGAGCCUGUUUGGACUAUCAAGUACGAGCUCUUUCGUGGAGGACAUGACUUACAUUUGUAAGGAAGGUGCCGCCUAGUUCUAAUGGAGCGCUCCACAUGUAAACGGUAUCUAAUUAUUUGAUGAUAAUAGGUGUAUGUUUAACGAAAGGAGUGUAAGAAGAUGUAUUUUUGGCUGUUUGUAAGGAAGGUGUUGCCCAAGUUAAGACUUAAGAUUUUGUAUAUUUUAUGGCGCAAAUAUUGCACAAGAUAGGUUGAUGAAAAAUCGAAAAACCUCUAUCUGGAUGUAGUUGUCACAUUACUAGUACAAAUUACACUAUCAACGUGACUAUUA